AUGUUACGUUCCAGUCUGCUUUUAUUCGCAGCGACUUGCUUCCAAGAAGUAUAUUCCCAAUCUGACCGCAUCACUGCGGCUACAUGCUGGUUCGGUCCAACGGCCAAGGGAGUGUACAUCAAACAAGUCGAGUUUUCGAUGAGACUUAAUCCUCCGCCAAUGAUUAAGAAAAAGCCGGGGGGUGUUGCCCUUCGGUUGGCAAUUUCCAGGGACCCAACGGGCAAUGGGGACUUUCCUGACACGAUACAAUCCGUAGCGAUGCACGACAAAGAACAAGCUGCCUGCGAGUCCCAGGAAAAUACUUGGUGUCUUUUCACAAAUGAGUAUCAUAGCCUACCUGGCCGCACGCAAACUGUAGGAAAAGUCAUACCUUGGCACGGCGGACUGUUGAAGAUCAAAUACUAUGAAGAUUUCAAGGCCCGGACAUGGAACCAAACAAUAACGGACCCCCGGACCGGUAGAGUACUGUCACAACUAGCAACUCCACUCACCGACCGCAACAUGGCCAUGCGAGGCAUUGGGGCAGCUGUGAUCAUGAUGGACUGCGCUAACCCAGUGGUAAAGGCGCACAGCUAUCAUGAUAUCAAAAUCACACUGUCUAGCCCUGACUCCGAAUUUGCAAAAACAAAACAUGAAAACAAUUGCAACUUCAAAAAGCUCAGAACCCCCGAUCGUGGUCACACUUGGGAUGUCAACGCAAUUUUUGUGAAUCAGGUGGGUGGCGGCAAGGUCACCUGCUGA